UUGUUCCAACGUUUUAGUGCUGUAUUCAGAUACUUUGAAAGCUAUUGGAUGAAACAGGAUGCAAGAAACACAAUAUCAGUUAUCGACUUAAAUAUGCGCACUACAUCCUCCUUGGAAGCACUCAACUCGAUCAUCCAAAGGACUUUCCCAGGGCAAACUACCAUAUUCAAAUUUGUGGAAUCUUUGAAGUUACUUGAAUCCAUCAAAUCAAGCGAUUUGCAUCAAUUGACUUCAGGAUUCAUCUCAAACCAACAAUUGGAACGUAGAAGAAGAGCCGAUAAGCAUAGAAACGAUAAAAUCAAUCAUUUCACCGGACUUUUGACAAAUAAGGAAAUUUCUGUAGCUGUCUUUUUGGAAUCAAUGUCCGGAAAGGAUGUUCUACCCACUAUCGCUUACAGUGUGACAAGAUCGAAACGAGCCUUGCGUUUGCGUCCUUUUAUCGAAGGUGAAGCCAGUACCAGCAAAGGUAGAAAGAGAGUGUACAACUCAAAGCACGAGUAUAGCUCGAGCAGCGA